CUCCACCGUCGGUUACAACUCCACCGUCGGUUACAACUCCACCGUCGGUUACAACUCCACCGUCGGUUACAACUCCACCGUCGGUUACGGCUCUACCGCUGGUUACAACUCCACCGCUGGUUACGGCUCUACCGCUGGUUACGGCUCUACCGUUGGUUACGGCUCUACCGCUGGUUACAACUCUACCGCUGGUUACGGCUCUACCGCUGGUUACGGCUCUACCGCUGGUUACAACUCUAGCUCUACCGCUGGUUACAACUCUAGCUCUACCGUCGGUGGUUACGACUCUACCGUGAGUUCCAACCCGGCCCUGGGUUACGCCACGACGGACAACUCCACCUCCACAGAUGCGACUUGCAAGCCCGUGGUGAUCGUGAAGCCCCUUUGGCCGAACGUCAACGAUGUAACGACGUUGAUUUCUGAGCCGGAGUUGGCUUCAUUGAGAGUGACGGAGAAGCAUUGUAAACAUGCGUACGACAAUGUAAUAGCCCAAUUGAUACCAGCGACGACAGAUGGCUGGACCAAAAUGGACUGGAGCGCCUGUGAGGGUCGCGGCGGGAAAGUUGUGUGCGCUGGCGAGCACAACGAAGACCCGAGAUGCCAUUACUUUGGUAUUCCAUUUACAAGUGACUUUCCGACCAUUUGGGAGGCCGUAGUACACUACCAGAAGCCUGCUAAGUGCUCCUUCAGAUGUAAUUGGUACAAAGGUUCAAGUGAAGAAGCAAGUAGGUCACUCACUGUUCGGCUAGCAAAGGAGCUCGCGGGAUCGAUUCCCGGCAUUGAUCUAGAGCACACCAGCCGCAGCGAUUUGCGGAGACUGGGUGUGGUGGUUCUCGACUACCUAAAAAGUAGCAACAACUGCAGUAGAUACUCAGACCGCCCAAGGGUGUCGUCCGGUGACUGUGAAUGUGCAGUAGCACAGUUCCAAUGCUCCGCCACAAUCGGGGCUACAACAACAAAAGAUGUGCAGUGGGGUUCGAUCGCAGACACCAACACUUUCGAAGAGAGGUUAGCCACACGUGUGACCGCCUUCAACAGGCCGAAUGUGGCCGUCAAGGAAUGCAAAUUCGAUUGCUUACAACUUACGGACGACUUUGAAGAAAGGCUCUUGAAGUAUUGGAACAAUGGUAAUUUUUAG